GACUUUCUGACAGCUAAAAAUUGACAGCUCCAUUAACCUAUAAUCAUUCGAAUCAUUCUUUAUUUUAUCAAAAUGUAGUGAAGAGUGAUUAAUUAAAGCGUUUUAAAUAAUAGAAAACAAUCAGGUCAUAUAAAUACAUCAUGUACGCUACAAAACAGCCAUCACUAAGAAUUUCCCAUUCCGAUUUGAAAUGUAAGAAUAAUUGUGGUUACUAUGGAAACGCCGAUUGGGAAGGUUAUUGUUCGAAAUGUUAUCGAAAUGCAAUGGAAAAAGAACGCCAGAAAAAACAAGAUCAAGGAAGAUCCCCAAUUGCGGGAUUCUCAAAGUUCGAAGAAAAAAAGCAACAACAACGCGAUAAAAAAACCAAGUAUCUUAAACAAUUAACUCCCGUUUUUAGAAGAUCAUCAUCAUCAAAAGAUUAUGGUAGACCUGAAUCUCGUCACCACCACCACGAAUCGAGACAUGUAAAUCCUGAUACGGAAAAACUCGAGUUAGAAUUUAUAAGCGCCUACGGUCACUUGGGUCAAGAUGUGCGCGACGACUUCUUCCGAUGCGUUCGCAAUUGCAAUACGAAAAUUCGCGAUCAAUUGAACGUCCGUGAUAUUGAAGAAAUAGCGGAGAUCUCGCAAAAAUAUUACAACCUAUUCUCAGAACGAAUUAACCACCACGUUAAAUAUGAAAAAGUCGAACAAGAUGUCCGUGAUAAAUUGGUCGAUUUCUUUGAAAAAUUUACAAUGACCGCUUUAAAUCGUGAUCUUUUUUGUCCAGUAACCACAAACGAUGAAGAAAAGGAUUUGAUGAUACAGGGACGAAUUCGACAAUUAAGUUGGGUUAAUGCUCAUCAUUUGGAUUGUUGUAUUAGCGAAACUAGCGUCGAGGUUCGCGAUUUGGUUUAUACAGCUAUUACAGAUUUAUUAGGUAUGGACUCAUCUAAAGCACCUCAAGAUAAACUUGCAUGCGUUGUUAGUUGUUGUCGGAGCGUAGUAGAAGUAUUGCAACAUUGUCAAGGUGGCCCAGUAAGCGCCGAUGAAUUUUUACCCGCCUUAAUAUUCGUCGUUUUAAAAGCCAAUCCAACAAGGUUAAAAAGCAACAUUUUAUAUGUUACAAGAUUUUGCAACGGGGCGCGAUUAAUGCAAGGAGAAGGAGGCUAUUAUUUUACAAAUCUAUGUUGCGCCGUUUCUUUUAUUGAAAACUUAACGGCCGAAUCUUUAAAUAUGCCAGAGGAAGAAUUUCAAGGGUAUAUGUCGGGGGCGAUUACUUCCGUUAGCGCUUGGGAAUCAGCGUUAGUAGCCUGCGAAGGGAUGCAUCAAAUUUGCGAACAAUUAUCUUUAUUAAAAGGUUUGGCAGAACGUAUGGAUACGGUUCAAGAAAAAACCCAAGAAUUGAAAGGAUCUAUUGGCAGUUUUAAAAACGAUAUCACAUCACAAAUAGAAAAGAUUUACAAAGAAACCCCAUUAAUAAUAAAACCACGUAAAGUACCGAUAUCUUUAGAUAAACAAGAUUCAUUAAAUGAAAAUUUGCCGUCACCCAUAACACCAGUUGUUGUUAAUCAAAAAGAUUUAGAAAACAUACCAACAAUUCCAAUAAAAAUCGAUAAAGUCGAAGAAUCAGAUCCAGAACCUUUCGCUGAAUAUGAAAAAUUCGUUGAAUUAAACAACUUUUACACAAAAAAUUUAUCGAAUCAAAUCUUAAAUUUAACAGACGAUCGAAAAAAAUUACAAUUAGAUAUAAAACCUUACGUUUCUUCAAGCGAAAUCCCAUCACAUUCCGGAUUAUACGACUCAUGUGAUGGAUUGACUCCAGAUGAAGGAGGUGGAUCAUUAGGGUUAUCUAAUAUUAAUUACGACAUCGAUUUUUCUGAUUUAAGCAACGAAAAUAGUGUUGCCGAUGAAUUAACGCCCGAAAAACGAAAACCUUCACCAUUAAGUUUUUCAACACCAGAUCCUUUCAGUCCGGUUAAUUCGAAAAAAAUCGAAAUUGAUCAGUCACCUUUAAGACCGGAAGUUGUCGAUCGAAAAGAUGAUUUUGUUUUACCGUUUGAUGAAGAUGCAAAACAUGUUUUAGAUAAAAAAGAAACAUCACCAAAAAAGCAAUGUUUACCAUCUCCAAUUAAACCGCAGUCAUUGAGGUAUUCGGGCUUUUCAAAACAAGGAUUCCAAAUACCGAGUAUUCCAUGUAACACGGGAGAUUAUGGUUUGAAUCAAAAUGAUAAUAAAAAUGAUAAGGAGGAUUAAAGAAAUUUAAAUUACAUCACAUGUUUGAAAUUUCAUUUGCUUUCUUUUAAGGAGUUAUUUAUUUAUGUACAUGUUUUUAAUCAACUUAAUAGAAUUGAUUAUAGAUGAUUAUGUAGAUGGUGCAAUUUUUAUGUAUUAUGAUUAUAUUAUUUAUGAGCUUAAAAGAAAUAAAAACCUUAAUUAAAAAACACAA